UGGAGGGUGUGAAGAGGCUCGGUAUAUAUGAGAUAAAGUUUAAUAUAUUUUGUAGCCGGAAAAAUGUGUAUUGUUGGCGGAUAUCUCGGAGAGAGGGGACGUUUUUAGCAGCUCGCUUUUGUACCUGUAUGAGGGGCCACGUCACCAAGGUCGUGCUAGUAAUGGCGGGCGUUGGGUUUUUCGUGUUUGUGCUUGUUGUGCUGACCAUGGACCUGGGAGAAGUCAUCGCUCAGUCCACCUGGGGGGGAGGAGAGGGCUCGUCCCUGGCCGGGCUGACGGACUUCUGGGUGUUCCGCUUCCUGCUGAACAUCCUGGGUUACGCCUCCAUCGUCAUCCCGGCAGCCAUCCUCAUCAGAUACAUCAAGAGGAGCAACUUCUUAGAGCGAGGAGGCCAAGGCUGUACCUACAACGUGGUGAAGGCCUGUGUGUACGGGACGGCAGACGAACUCCCCACCACCCAGGCGGACAGCGACGCGCCCACGCCCUCCCCCUCCCGGUUCCCGCGGUGGGCUGUCCUGAUCUUCUGCGUCGUCGGCCUGCAGGGUUCCUACCUCACGUGGGGCGUCCUGCAGGAGCGAAUCAUGCGGCACGAGUACGGCGGAACCGAGGACGAGCCGUCAGAAAAGUUUAAAAACUCGCAAUUCCUCGUCUUCGUCAAUCGAAUCUUAGCGUUAACGAUAGCGGGCGUCUACCUUAGUUUAUUCCGGCAGCCCAGACACGGCUGCCCCAUGUAUAAAUACUCGUACGCCUCCCUGUCGAACAUCAUGAGCAGCUGGUGCCAGUACGAAGCGCUCAAGUUCGUCAGCUUUCCCACGCAGGUCCUAGCCAAGGCGUCCAAGGUCAUCCCGGUGAUGCUGAUGGGGAAGGUGGUGUCGAGGAAAUCGUACGAGUACUACGAGUACGUCAUCGCCGCGCUUAUAUCCCUGGGUCUCAGCAUGUUCCUGAUCGCCCACGGCCCGGAUGACGAGAAGAAGAGCACGACAGUCACCACCUUCUCCGGCAUCCUGCUGCUGGCCGGCUACAUGAUGUUCGACAGCUUCACUGCAAACUGGCAGGCAGAGCUCUACAAGUACAAGAUGUCCUCCUUUCAGAUGAUGUUCGGAGUGAACUGCUUCUCCUGCCUGUUCACGUCGGCGGCGCUGCUGCAGCAGGGAGGCUUCAUCGAGGCCUUCUCCUUCAUGUUCCGCCACCAGCUCUUCACCUUCCACGUCUUCCUCAACUCCAUCUGCAGCGCCACCGGACAGAUGUUCAUCUUCUUCACCAUCAACCAGUUCGGAGCCAUGGUGUUCGUCAUCAUCAUGACCACGCGACAGGCGCUGGCCAUCCUGCUGUCCUGUAUCAUCUACGCGCACCCGGUGUCGAUCAUGGGCGGGUUCGGCAUCGCCAUCGUGUUCCUGGCCAUGUUCCUGCGGGUCUACGCCUCACACAGGAUGAAGCAGAAGAAAGCGAGACAGCAGGAGGUUAACAACACCGGCGUGAAAGAUGAAGCAGAAGAAGGCGAGACAGCAGGAGAUUAACAACACCAGGGUGAAAGUAUGAAGUAGGAGCACUGGUAGUUAUCUUAAAACUUCAGCAGCACGUCGGCAGAACGUACUGCACCUCCACGAAACCUCUAAUGUAUUGUACAUAGCAUUUUGGCAGAACGUCUCAUAGAAGGUUGUA